AUGGCGAAAGGGAGCGGUGCCGCUUCCAAGUCAGUGGGGAAUCCUCUGCAGCCCCGCACGACCACCUACGAGUGGGGCGGCCCGGUUGGUGGCUUCUUCAUGGUUCUCUUCCUCCCCACAUUGGUUAUGGCGCUGAACAGCCUCUGCGCUGGGGAGCAGUGCGGCAUCACGCAGGCAAUGCGGCUGCCUGCACUGAUGACGGAGUUGGUGCAUGGUGCGUGGCCGAUGGUACCGAAGGCGAUCGGCAUUGAGCUUGUGUGGCUCGCUGCCCACGCUGUAUUUUCUAUCCUCCCUAUUGGCAGGCUCGUCCACGGUGGCGAGCUCCGCAACGGCGAGCGACUUGCCUACCGCAUGAACGCCAUCCACGCCUUCGUCAUCUCUCACGUGGUGCUUCUUGGCUUACACUACACCUCUAUCGUGAACAUGGCCGUUGUGGCCGACCUCUUCCACCCCCUCAUGAUCGGUGCCAUUUUCAUCUCCUUUGCUAUGUCGGUCGUGCUGUACGCGGCAUCGUUCCGCCGUCGCAACGUACUCACAGCUCUUGGUGGCAACAGCGGGAACGCCCUGUACGACUUUUGGAUCGGCCGCGAGCUGAACCCGCGCACCGGUCCGCUGGACUGGAAGCUGAUGUGUGAGCUGCGUCCUGGUCUCAUUGGCUGGAGCAUUAUGAACUGGGCAUUUGUCUGCAAGUCGGUCGAGCUGGGCACCGUGACGCCAAGCAUCGUGCUUACCGCACUCUUCGAAUCCUUCUACGUGCUGGACGGCCUGCUGCUGGAGGCGGGAAAUCUCACCAUGAUGGACAUUGUGACGGAUGGCUUUGGGUUCAUGCUGUGCUUUGGUGACCUUGCGUGGUUACCGUUCACGUACACGCUGCAGACAAAGUACCUCGUUCACCACCCCGCGCACCUCUCGCCCUUGCAUCUGUGCCUCUGCGCCUCCCUUUCUGUUGCCGGCUACGUAAUCUUUCGUGGCGCCAACACGGAAAAGGACCGCUUCCGCAGCAACCCGAAAGACCCGUGUGUUCAGCACCUGCACGUCAUGAAGACCUCCAAGGGUAAGUCUCUCAUCAUCUCCGGGUACUGGGGCAUGUGCCGGCACCCAAACUACGUCGGUGACUGGCUGAUGGCGCUCGGCUGGGCGGCGUUCAGCGGCACCGCGGAGCUGCUGCCAUACUUCCAUCCCAUUUACUUUGGUUUCCUUCUCAUGCACCGCCAGCUGCGUGAUGAAAAACAGAUGCGGGAGAAGUACGGUAGGGAAGACUGGAACGCGUUCUGCCGCAUCGUCAAGUACCGGCUUAUCCCGUACCUCUACUAG